CGCUGCCAGUUUCUCUACAACUAGUACAUCCACACGCAGGGUCCCAGCUGCCGCGGCUGCCAUGGAUAUCAGCUAAAGCGCCGGCGGCCGCUCGAACUGGGCAGAGAGGCUCUCCCCGUCCCCGCUCCGUCGCCCCGCGGGGCCGCGGCGCCCGCUCCCCUCGCCGGCCGCAGCCCCGAGCCUGCCCCGAGCGUGCCCCAGAGGAGCCCCGGGGGAGGGGGGCAGAGAGAGGGAGGAGAGAGCGGCAAGCAGAGCGGGAGUCGGGCAGAGCAUCCCCACGGCAAUGUCCAAGGGCUUGAAGAAGAAAAGCCACUGGACGAGCCGAGUCCACGAGAUCGUGAUCGUGCGGAACCCGGAGGGGCAGCUGGGCUUCGAGCUGAAAGGGGGCGCCGAGAACGGGCAGUUCCCGUACCUGGGCGAGGUGAAGCCCGGCAAGGUGGCCUAUGAGGGCGGCAGCAAGUUGGUGCCGGAGGAGCUGCUGCUGGAGGUGAACGAGACCCCCGUGGCCGGGCUCACCAUCAGGGAUGUGCUGGCCGUGAUCAAGCACUGCAAGGACCCGAUCCGCCUCAAGUGCGUCAAGCAAGGAGGCAUUGUCGAUAAGGACCUUCGUCACUACCUCAAUUUACGGUUCCAGAAAGGUUCGGUAGACCAUGAGCUCCAGCAGAUCAUAAGAGACAAUCUCUACCUCCGCACGGUGCCAUGCACCACAAGGCCACAUAAGGAGGGGGAGGUCCCUGGUGUGGACUAUAUUUUCAUCACUGUUGAAGAUUUUAUGGAAUUGGAGAAGAGUGGUGCUCUCUUAGAAAGUGGAACAUAUGAAGACAACUAUUACGGCACACCGAAGCCUCCAGCAGAACCAGCUCCAUUAUUGGUAAAUGUAACUGACCAGAUCCUUCCAGGUGCCACUCCUGGGGCUGAAGGCAAACGUAAGAGGAAUAAGUCUGUGAGCAAUAUGGAGAAGACAGGUAUUGAACCACCCGAGGAAGAAGAGGAAGAAAGACCUGUGGUCAAUGGAAAUGAUGUGACAGUAACACCAGAAUCAAGCGAACAUGAAGACAAGAGCACAGGUGUCUCAGGUGAAGUAUCUUCUACCCAACCGUGCCCUGCACCAGGAUAUACUCAGCCUGAAGAAGCAAAGGAGGAUAUGGAUGUAACAAAGCAAACAAAGCCUGAAGAGAAUGAUGACUUGGGCCCACUGCCUGAUAACUGGGAAAUGGCUUAUACAGAAAAAGGGGAAGUCUACUUUAUUGACCAUAACACAAAGACAACAUCAUGGCUGGAUCCACGACUUGCGAAAAAGGCUAAACCUCCAGAAGAGUGCAAAGAAAAUGAGCUUCCAUAUGGCUGGGAGAAAAUUGAUGAUCCCAUUUAUGGCACUUAUUAUGUUGACCACAUAAAUAGAAGAACACAAUUUGAAAACCCUGUGCUAGAAGCAAAAAGGAAACUACAGCAGCAUAACAUGCCCAACGCAGAACUUGGAACAAAGCCUAUGCAGGCCCAAGGUUUCCGAGAAAAACCACUCUUCACCCGUGAUGCAUCACAGCUGAAGGGGACUUUCCUCAGCACCACUCUUAAGAAAAGCAACAUGGGUUUUGGAUUUACCAUCAUUGGUGGGGAUGAGCCAGAUGAGUUUCUUCAGGUGAAGAGUGUAAUUCCUGAUGGGCCUGCAGCACAAGAUGGGAAAAUGGAAACAGGUGAUGUGAUUGUCUAUAUUAAUGAAGUUUGUGUCCUUGGACAUACUCACGCAGAUGUAGUCAAACUCUUCCAGUCUGUUCCUAUUGGUCAGAGUGUCAACUUGGUGCUAUGUCGUGGAUACCCUUUGCCCUUUGAUCCUGAAGAUCCUGCCAACAGCAUGGUGCCACCCCUUGCAGUAAUGGAGAGGCCUCCGGUAGUGGUAAAUGGAAGACAUAACUAUGAAACUUAUUUGGAAUACAUUUCUAGGACUUCUCAGUCUGUUCCAGACGUAACAGAUCGACCACCACACUCCUUGCACUCCAUUCCAGCAGAUAGUCAGCUUGAUAGCACAUUCCCACCACCUGCCCAUGAUGAUAAUGUAUCAAUGGCUUCUUCUGGGGCCACCCAAGCUGAACUUAUGACCUUAACCAUUGUGAAAGGGGCCCAGGGCUUUGGCUUCACUAUAGCAGACAGUCCUACAGGACAGAGGGUGAAGCAAAUUCUAGACAUUCAGGGAUGUCCUGGUUUGUGUGAAGGUGACCUCAUUGUUGAGAUCAACCAGCAGAAUGUACAGAACCUGAGCCAUGCAGAAGUAGUGGAUAUACUUAAGGAAUGUCCUGUUGGAAGUGAAACUUCUUUGAUUAUCCAUAGAGGAGGUUUCUUUUCUCCAUGGAAAACUCCAAAGCCUGUGAUGGAACGAUGGGAGAAUCAAGGCAGCCCUCAGACAAGCCUAUCCGCUCCAGCUCUGCCACAGAAUAUUCCCUACCCACCCACUCUUCACAAGAGUUCAUUUCCCGAUUCAACAGAGGCCUUUGAUCCACGGAAACCUGACCCAUAUGAGCUGUAUGAGAAAUCAAGAGCUAUUUAUGAAAGUAGGCGUCCCGAUUACAAGGAGUUGGAUGUUCACCUUCGGAGAAUGGAGUCUGGUUUUGGCUUCAGGAUCCUUGGAGGAGAUGAGCCUGGACAGCCUAUCCUCAUCGGAGCAGUAAUUGCAAUGGGCUCAGCAGACAGGGACGGUCGCCUCCAUCCCGGUGAUGAACUGGUGUAUGUGGAUGGGAUUCCAGUGGCCGGCAAAACCCACCGAUAUGUGAUUGAUCUUAUGCAUAAUGCUGCCCGAAACGGGCAGGUGAAUCUUACUGUGCGGAGAAAGGUGCUACCCACGGAGGCCUGCAGCCAGAAAGGGCCCCCUCCGCCUGCCGCGACGCCCCCCUGCAGCUCCCCAAGCACUAGGAAAAUGGCCAAUAACCAAGGAGAGCCAUGCCCAGAGAAUGGCAGAAGCCCAGGCUCUGUGUCCACGCACCACAGCUCUCCAAGAAGUGACUACGCGACUUACGCUAACAGCAAUCACGCUGUCUCCAGCAGCAACGCGACUCCUCCAGAGGGCUUCACGUCCCACAGCCUGCAAACCAGCGACGUGGUGAUCCACCGCAAGGAGAACGAAGGGUUCGGCUUUGUUAUCAUCAGCUCCCUGAACAGGCCCGAGUCAGGGUCCACAAUCACUGUACCCCAUAAAAUAGGGCGGAUAAUUGAUGGAAGUCCUGCUGAUCGCUGUGCAAAACUUAAAGUCGGAGACCGGAUCUUAGCUGUGAAUGGCCAGUCUAUCAUUAACAUGCCUCAUGCAGAUAUUGUGAAGCUAAUUAAAGAUGCAGGUCUCAGUGUAACACUUCGCAUCAUUCCUCAGGAGGAGUUGAACAGCCCAGCCUCAGCACCCAGCUCAGAGAAGCAGAGCCCCCUGGCCCAGCAACACAGCCCCUUGGCCCAGCAGCAGCAGCAGCAGCAGCAGCAGCAGCAGCAGCAGAGCCCUCUGGCCCAACAGCAGCAGCAGCAGCAGCAGCAGCAGCAGCAGCAGCAGAGCCCCCUGGCCCAGCAGCAAAGCCCCGUCACCCAGCACAGCCCCGUGGCACAGCCCACACUCCCACAGCCCCUGCAGCUGCAGGGACAUGAGAACAGUUAUAGGUCAGAAGUAAAAGCCAGACAGGAUGUGAAGCCUGAUAUCCGACAACCUCCAUUUACAGACUACAGGCAGUCUUCAACUGACUACCGCCAGCCUCCCCUGGACUACAGGCAUCCUCCUGUGAUGGAUUACCAGCAGCCACCACCCCUUGACUACAGGCAGCCACCCUUGCUGGACUACAGGCAGCACUCUCCCGACACCCGGCAGUACCCCCUGUCAGACUACAGACAGCCCCAGGACUUCGAUUAUUUCACCGUUGAUUUAGAGAAGGGAGCCAAAGGUUUUGGGUUUAGUAUUCGAGGAGGAAGGGAAUACAAAAUGGAUUUAUUUGUGCUGAGGUUAGCAGAAGAUGGACCAGCAAUAAGAAAUGGAAGGAUGAGGGUAGGGGAUCAAAUAAUUGAAAUCAAUGGAGAAAGCACAAGGGACAUGACACAUGCCAGAGCAAUAGAGCUAAUCAAGUCUGGUGGCAGGAGAGUGCGCCUGUUGUUGAAACGUGGAACAGGACAGGUCCCUGAAUAUGACGAGCCAAGCUCCUGGAGCGCUCCCGCUGCCACCUCCCCAGGUCUGCCGGAAGUAGCUCUGUCCCUCGACGACAUAAUCUCACCAUUAUCCUCAUCACACAUAGCCCCACCCUCUGACCCUUCUCACCAGAUAAGCCCAGAACCAACAUGGGAUAUCAAGAGGGAACACGAUGGAAGGAAACCAAAGGAGCUUUCGGUGAAUGGCCACAAAAAGAAACGGUUAGGAGAGCAAAGAGAAAGGUCAGCAAGUCCUAAAAAGGCAGACAGGUCAAAGCACGACGAGCCUUCCUGGAAAGGAUAUUUGGAAGGCAAAAGUAAGGUGACAGAUGGUGGCAAGCUCACCUCGGAAAGCAGAGUGGUGGGACACAGCGUUAUGAUGGAGGCUGGCGCGAGAGAGCACGUGUGUGCUGGAAGCAGUGAUGAACAGUUUGGGAGGCUGAAGAAGCCGGAAAGCAAGAGGGGAGGAUCUCUUAGCAAAAGAGAAGAUCACAGAUCCACAAAUACCAGUGAGAAGAAGUCAGCUGCAGCACCUGACCAUGCCAAGCUUGAUGCAGGUGCUACCAAGACAUACAGUGGCAAUCGCUGCAGCUCGCCUGGAAGCGAUAUGGAUCACAGCCAGAGGGAUCCUGAUGGGAAACCCAGCGAGUUCCCCAGGAAGGGACAUCUCCACCCCAUUAGCACUCGCAGCACCAACACUACAGUUCGGAAGGCAACGGUCUCCCCGGGGCCAUGGAAAAUCCCCGGCUCAGAUAAGCUACCUGGCGUCCUGAAGUCUGGUACUUCUGCCAUGAGCAGAUAAGCACGGGACUGUUGCCCUCUAACUGUCUCAAACUGACGCAGAACAUUCUUCUUAGUUGUUGUCUCACGUUGAUUUAUUUUAAUUUAUUUUAACUAUCACACAUAUACACAAAGCAUUGAGGGAUGAAAACAUUAGUGUGUAAUUCCAUGACAAUGUGCACAGUAUCUAAUAAAUUCAAAAGCAUAUAGUCAACACGGAGAUUUGAAAUUGACCCUAAAGUCCCAGUUCCAUUUUAGGGACUUUGGCAGCUAUGGAAGAAACCAAAACAAAUGAAGGACAGUACAACAGAGAAGGAUAGUGCAGUGUAGCUUUAGCAUAUUUUUCCACUGCAUGAAGGACUUGGAUUUCAUUCAAACUUUAUAUCAAGAAACUGGAACAAGUUAGAGCAAUCGCAAACUGGAACAUCGCCUUAAAUAAAACUGCACGGAGCAAGCUGAAACUGAGAGAGAAUCUUUUCACGGAGCUAAAAUGUUGUAAAUAAAUUGUUCUUGACAUAUCUAGACAGGGGUUAAAGGGUUUCUUUGAAGCAUUUGGAACUGUACGCCCAUGACACGUCUCCACUGUCACCACUUUGGGAUAGUCCACGUGACACCCUGUAGCACAGUUCACUGGACGCUACAGGAGGAGUUGGGAAUCUAGUGGAUUAGUUUCUGUGAUACCAUUUCUACUGCCAUUUUUGUGAACCAACCAUGUUUCUGUACAUUGGAAAGGAGUUAGGGUGGAGUUGUAUUUGCAAAUAAUUCUCCAAAGCAAUUUACUACAGGUUCCCCAAUUCCUGCAGAGUAGCACACAAGCCAGUUGGCCAGGCUCAAAACUCCAAUAUCCCCAAGGCCCUUGCAAUGAAAGGAAGAUUGCUACAGAGAAAAAGCUGCAGUUUCCUUAAGGAAAGGCCUUUCCCUCCUGCAGAAAAUGAUAGUUUCACUCAUCAACAGUGCUAUGUUUCAUACCUACCCCCAUUUCGUUAGGAUGCUCUCACCUUCCAUUCCCUCGCUUUGGCAGAGCAGGUGUCUUUGAGGCACGUAACAGUAAUUGACAGAAAUACACUUUUUGGUGCCCUCAAUCUGUAAAUUCGAUAUAUUUCCAUUUUAAAAAUGGUUUACAUUUUAUCAUUUCUUCCCUACCUCCAUUUUUUUUCUUUUUAUUUUAGUCUUUCUUGCUUGUCUGUUUUGAAUUUCAAGCCUUAAGUGCCAGGUAAACAUUCCAGUCUGCCUUCACAGGAGAUAAGUCUAAGUUCAGUCAGUCAGUCACUAUCUUGGUUCAAAUAGAUGCGUGUGUGUACGUAUAAGUGUGCAUAUGCUUAUUUGUCUGUCAAAAUUAAAAUGAAAUAAAGAAAUCCUGGGCAAUAAUAUAUUGGUAAUUAAAAAAAAAUCACGUAGUCAGAAACUCAAAAAGUUUGUUCUCAAGCAGUCGUAGUUCCUCACAUGCUCUGCUGAAACAUUAGAUUAAGAUUGGCUUUGUUCCAAGAAAUCAGCACAUGGCUGUAUGUCUCAAACAUUGCACUGGACUGAGAGAUCUAUAGGCAUGUUUCUUCCUGUCCCAUUAUUUGAAAAGCCUCAAGUAAAGGAUUUUGCAGCUUUCAAAUAAUUAUUUUCUUUUUUCUUUUUCUUUUUUAUUUCUUUUUUUUUUUUUUUUUUUUUUUUUUUUUUUGGAAAAAGAAAUUCCAUGUAUAAUUUCUGAAAAAGCACAAGUCCACGUAGCUGUUUAUAAAACUAUUAUUUAAUGAAAAAAGAAGAAAAAAAAAAAAAAACAGAAAAAAAAACAACAAAUCUUUAUCCCCUGAACUAGAAUCCAAUAUAAUUCCAAUAUAAUUUGCCAUUAAUUUAUUGAAUCUGAUUUUGGACAAUGCUUCUGUAGUGUAGAUGCAUGUCCCAGUAUCUUAUUUUUAUGUAUAAAGAAAGCAAACAAUGAAAUCUGAAAAAACAGUGGAGAUUAUGCUUGCAUAAACUCUAAUUUGCACAGUUCACAGCUACUCCUUGUGCAGUAAUUGCUUUAUGCGGCUGUAAUCGAUAACCUGUGAAGACAGCACAUCAUCUAAACCCCAUUCCAAAUAAUAUUUCUGUGUAGUGUUAGCUGUGAAUUUACCCUGUACAGCUCUAUCUCUAUAAAUAUAAUUCCAUGUAUUAAUAGUCACAGAAAGGCUGUAAGUGAGCAACUAUUUUUAUGAAACGCACCACUAUGGAUAAAUUAACUUUUACAGAAAUCUUGUUUACUGUAUGAUAUUCUAAACCACUGUCAAAUAAAAUAUA